CUGCGCCGCGCGCACGCGGAAGCCCCGCCGCAGCGCUUUUUGGCCGCUUCGGCCGCCGUCCCUCCCCGCGUUGCUACGGUAACCCAGCCGCCAUCACUAUGUCGUUGCCACAAGCUUCUCAGUCUCGGGUGUUCGUGGAGCUGGUCCCCUGGGUUGACCGGAGCCGGGAGAACCACGCGGUGUCGGGCGGAGAGACGUUGCCCGCCCUCCGCCGCCCGCUCUCCUCCUCGGCGGCGGCGCAGGCCCAGACCUCGGGCCGCGAGGUGCACGUGAGCGGCGCCGCGGAGGUGUCUGCGGGCCCGGACCGGGCGCAGGUGGCGGUGCGGGUGAGCAGCAGCAAGGAGGCGGCCGCCGAGGCCAAGAAGAGCGUCUGCCGCCGCCUGGACUACAUCGCGCAGAGCCUCCAGCAGCAGGGCCUGCCGGCGGAAAAUGUAACAGUGACAAAGGAUUUUAGAAGAGUGGAAAAUGCUUAUCACAUGGAAGCAGAGGUCUGCAUUACAUUUACUGAAUUUGGAAAAAUGCAAAAUAUUUGUAACUUUCUUGUUGAAAAACUAGAUAGUUCUGUUGUUAUCAGCCAACCCCAGUUCUAUCAUACUCCAGGUUCUGUUGAAAAUCUUCGACGGCAAGCCUGUCUUGUUGCUGUUGAGAAUGCAUGGCGCAAAGCUCAAGAAGUCUGUAACCUUGUUGGCCAAACUCUAGGAAAACCAUUAUUAAUCAAAGAAGAAGAAACGAAAGAAUGGGAAGGCCAAAUAGAUGAUCACCAGUCAUCCACACUCUCAAGUUCAUUAACUGUACAACAAAAAAUCAAAAGUGCAACAAUACAUGCUGCUUCAAAAGUAUUUUUAACUUUUGAAGUAAAGGGAAAAGAGAAGAAAAAAAAACAUCUCUGAAAUUCCAACCAAAAUAUAUUGUAUUUGUAUCUUUUUGUCUAUUUUUAUACUUUUUAUAAUGUUUACUUUUGCCUGAAUGAAUAUAUAUAUAUAUAUAUAUAUAUAUAUAUAUAUAUUCUAGUAUAUAAAGAGUUUUUCCCCCAAAUCUGUGAAUCCUUAAUAUAGUUCCACAGAAUAUUAUGUUUACUUACAAUUUUGAAAAUCUGUGGGAAAUACUCUUUGGAAAUAAAUAUGUGAAUACUU